AUGCGCCAAUUCAAUCGCCGUGCCACCCCCAACCGCCGAAAGACCCGAAGUGUGCUCCCGGAUGAGAGGGGGAGGGAGGCGAAGGCAUCCAUGCUGGGGGCCAGGGGUUUGUGGGCGGCUGCCCAGGACCAAACCAACAACAAGCAAAACAAGCACGGCCUCCUCUCCUCUGGUUCCAACAACCAGCCCACAGCGGGGCCCAACAGGGCGACGAUUCGCAGCAAAAGAGGCACGGAUUCCCCCACUUUCGGCACUGCGGCGAUGGGUCAUGGACCUUUGGACCAUUGGACCAACAAGCAAAACGCUGGUGCACUCACUUUGUAG